UGAAUCGAAUUGAGUAGGCUUUAGUUUGAAUUCAAAUUCAAGAGAAAAUAAAAGUUAUUCAAAUAAUUCGAAAAUUCGAUAUUCGAUUCGAUGAAAACCCCUCCACCGCACGGAAACCCAUCCAUGUUAGCAAAUUGUGGUGAAGAAGCUCGGGAUCUCAUCAUAUGUAUUCAUACAUUAGCUUGAUUUUCCACUGAAAAACCAAUGUCGAUGAUGGAAUCACGCAGUUUUUUGAAAUCAAUCACCCGCUUAUUAUCAAACUGCAACAAUAUGAAAAACCUGAAACAAAUCCAUUCCCAAAUCAUCACCUCACCACACUUAUCCCAAUUCGAUAAACUCUUCCUCAUUUCUCGACUCAUCUUCUUCUGUGCACUCUCCGAUUCCGGAUCUCUCGCUUACGCUUCUCGUGUAUUUCAAACCACCCACAACCCCAAUCUCCCUAUCUACAACGCCAUGAUCAGAGCAUACUCUUCCAAUUUCAGACACAAACACCAAAACCCACAAUCCCUUAUUCUGUAUAAGCAAAUGCUGGUGAAUAACAUUGUACCAGAUGGUAUUACGAUCCCUUUUGUAUUGAAAGAGUGUGUGAAUAGACUUGAUUUUGUUGUGGGUCGAAGUGUGCAUGCUCAUUGUGUUAAGUUUGGGGUGCAAGACGAUGUGUAUGUGGGGAAUUCGGUGAUUGGUUUGUAUGUUGGUUGUGGGGUUUUGGAAUGUGCACGUAAGGUGUUUGAUGAAAUGCCUGAGAGGGAUGUUGUGUCUUGGAAUUUGAUUAUUGGUGGGUGUUUGAGAUGUGGGGAGGUUGAUGUGGCGCGGGAGUUGUUUGUUAGGAUGGAUGAGAGGAAUGUUAUUAGUUGGAAUUCGGUGAUCGCUGGGAUGGUUCAGGUGGGUAGGGCGAAGGAGGCGGUUGAGUUUUUUCAUGAAAUGGUUGUGGUAAGUGAGGAUGAUGUGGUUUCGGUUUAUCCGGAUAAGAUGACCUUAGCUAGUGUUGUUUCGGCUUGUGCGUCGUUAGGGUGGCUUAAGCAUGGGAAGUGGGUGCAUGGUUACAUGUUAAGAAACGGGAUAGAGUGUGACGUGGUGGUAAAGACGGCACUGGUGGAUAUGUAUGGGAAAUGUGGAAAUGUACGUUUGGCGGAAAGGGUUUUUAAAGAUAUCCGUAAGAAGGAUGUUUUAGCUUGGACGGCGAUGAUAUCAGUUUAUGCUCUUCACGGGCAUGGCAACGAGGCGUUUGAUCUUUUUGACAAGAUGGUUGCGUGUGGUGUGAGGCCUAACGCGGUAACAUUUGGUGCAUUAUUGACGGCAUGUGCUCACUUGGGUUUAGUAGAUAGGGGUCGUUGGUAUUUCAACAUGAUUACAACAAGUGUUUACAUGAUUGAACCAACGGUCCAACAUUAUGCUUGCAUGGUUGAUAUCCUAGGUCGUGCUGGACUAUUUGAUGAAGCUGAACGGCUAAUUACUAAUAUGCCCAUGGACCCGGAUGUUUUUGUGUGGGGAGCAUUACUAGGAGCAUGUCAAAUGCAUGGGAAUGUGGAGCUUGGAGAGAAGGUGGCCAAACAUUUGAUUCGUUUGGAGCCUCUAAAUCAUGCUUUUUAUGUCGCGUUAUGUGAUAUACAAGCUAAGGCUGGUAAAUUUGAUGAUUUGGGAAAUACUAGGGUUCUUAUGAAUGAAAGAGGAAUUAAGAAAGAUACACCCGGCAACAGCCUGAUUGAAGUUAAUGGAAAUUUUUAUGAGUUUUCAAUAAAAGGAUCGGCUGACAUCAUGAUGGAGAAGAUUAAGAGUUUACUAAAUCAGUUAAGUAAAGAGAUUAAGGUAGACCAGGAUACAUUGCUCAUACUCAAGGGUUAGUAAAGGCGAGAAAAAGCAACAAGGGGUAUAUUUGUCUUUUUCUUUAACGGCCUUUUCGAUUAUAUCGCCAUGAUUGCCAAGAAGCACCGCACCUUCUGUUUUGUUACACACAGUGAAGUCUAUAUCACCGAUCCUAUUAGAGGGCUUGUUCAUAUAGACGAAUUUCGGAGGCAACUAUUAAUCUAAUGUUCAAUCGAAGCACAGGGUCACCACAAAAUUGAUAAUGGGCGAUCUUUUUGGAAAUGGGAUUUUCGCGACACCAGCGGAAGCGUGCAAGUUUAGAGUUCUCCACUAAAGUUAUAAGGGUGUCCGGGGCGUACUCGGUAACCCCCUUCGGUGAGCGCCUUCCCCGAUCGGGAACACCGCCGCCAACGUUGCGGGGACCCGAAUCGAUGAGGGAGAACGGUGGUGGUUCAACGAGAGCGGUGAGGGAGAAAGGUGGUGGGCCCCAUAUUUCCAGCCAAUCAAACCAUUUUCUUUGUUUUUUUUUUUUUUUUUUUUUUGAAUAAAAAAAUAAGGGGAGUUAAGAGGGGAGUGGCGCCAUCAAAUGGGGGUGUUAGGGGAGUUUAAGAGGGGAGUUGACGUGGCACACGGGGAUUGGUUUGGCGUAAGAGAGUGCACUCACCUAUUAGGUGUGCACCCCCUUCACCCUAAGAGAUUUUAGUACUACUGUGUUCAGGAGCAAAUUAUUUCCUUGCAGCGUUCAAAUUCGGAUGGGCCCACAACUUUGGAACGUCGCCAACGGCGAUAAUCGGACGUGGAGGACGCGACGCACCGGGGGCGGCACGGUGUUUGGUGCGGCGCCGGACCGGGACGGUGUGGGGACGUCCCCCAUACCGUGUAGCCUUAUAGUUGAUCAAUACCUCAUGAUGUUUUUAUUGUUCACGUGUAAUCAUGGUUAAGACAACAAGUAUUGUUAAGAAAGGUCAAAAUGUGUUAGUUGGUCAUCCGACCCAACCCAUUGACUUAUUUGGAUUGAGAUUUUAUAUGUAAUUUUUAGUUUUAGAUGUAUAUACACACAUUUUAACACGUAAUUUUUUUAAGUAGACAUGUUUUAACACCUUCUUCGACCCAUAUUUUGAAGUAGAUAUGAUUAAUUGCCAAGAUUUAUAGGUUUUGGCGGAAUCUGGUCGAAAUUACAGAUUUUGGGCAGAAUCAAUAGAUUGCCACUGAUUUUUGACCGAUUAAGACCGGAUUUGACCACUGUUGACCACCUAAGGAUUAUAUUCUGGCUUCUAUACAUAAAGAUCAUUUUGGAACAAUUUGUUUUCCUCGAUUUUUCCAACAAAGUGUAUAAACUACUGUUGCACCUUCCUUUCAACCGAAGGAUGGAGAUUGAAGCUGAUUACAUACGGAUAUUGUUGAUGACUUCUGCCAGAUACGACCCAUGGGUCGCACCAAAGGUGUAUGAAAAGAUGGGUCAAGUGUUCGGUGAUUCGGGGUUGGAAGAUUACUAUUUUACCCAUCCAUCAGGAAAGACAAGAGGUGGAUUGCUAUUUGAAGCUAGUGUGAUGUAAGAAGCCAUUUUUUUGUAUCAAGAGGCCAUUGCAGCACUAUUGGAGAUGGUGUGUCACCUGGGUUGAAGAUAUUAACCGAAAUAUAUUUUAUAUAUUUAGUAUAAUCUGUAUGAUAUUGUUUCCUUGUAUUUCUGGAAGUUUGUUAGCCUAGCUCUGUAUAUAUAUGUACUCUACU